CAUUUUGAAGUUUGUUUGGUACUGUUGUUGUUGUUAUAGCAACCAACAGAAAUCAAUCUUCGAGAAUUCUAUAUUACUAUAUACUUCGUUAAUCGAAGCUCAAGCUACAUUCGUUAUUCAAGCUACAUUUACAUGUUUAUUUGAAACUGAUGCUUAAAAGUUUGCGUUCAUCAUGGCAGACGAUGAAGAUGAAAUUGACGAAGACGCACCAGUAGUAGAAGUUAAAGACUUAGAUGUACCAGUGGCAGCAAGCCCCAGUCCUGGUGAGGAAAAGUUACUAGCACCCCCUAAAUAUGAAGUCAGACCUGGACUUGGGGAAAAAUUCCAAGCAGCCAAUGUGCGAGAAAUAAUCCUGACAACAAUGCAGGAACAGCUAAUGGGACGUCAGUACCGGUCUGAUCAGGCCCCUCGUUGGGCCAAAGUCAUUGUUAAUGGAAUACGACAACGGGUGCAGGAGCUUGAUAUGAAGAGGUACAAAAUAGUAGUACAAACUAUGGUAAUAGAAAUGAAAGGAGCUGGUGUAAAAUGCGCACAGAGAUGCAUAUGGGACCCUGAGACUGAUGAUUACGCUGACGGCUUGUAUAGAAACGAGACUAUAUUCGGUUACUCUACUGUCUAUGGUCUUUAUAUGUACUGAACUGGCAAGAUAGAAAAAAAAGUAAUAAUAAAACCAAAGCUGGCACUGACCUCUAUAUCUAUACACUGGACCAGCUGUUCCGUACGUUUGACAGCAAUUUUUUGUGCCCAUUUGAAGCGCCAAUAUCGUCUAAGCGAGUGUCCACAGAACUAAUUUUGACGUAUAAUUUCAAAUGGCUGUGAGAGAAGUGUUUGUUCAUUGGUUCACUGUAAAAUAAUUUUAGUACCACGGACACUCGCUACGUCUAACAGCGCCAAAAUGGCGAUUAUCAAACGGGCACAAAAGCACGUUGACAACAGCCUGUCCAGUGUAUAAUAUAGAGGUCAGUGAAAGCUGGAUACAAUUUGCGUCAGGUCAGGUACGCAUCUAUUUAGGCUAGGGCCACGCCAUUUUCAGACACGGUGAAUGUCUCAGUAUUUUGCACGAAAAUAGUUUUUGAUGUAAUGUUAGUAUAUGUAUGACCCUUUAUUUAAAGGUACGUAUCAUGUAUUAUUUUACAUAUUUCAUAACAGUGCCUUCUUCUUUAUAAGAAUGUAUGAAUUUUAGCUGUAAUUAUUGUUUUCUUUUCUACAUAUAAAGUUAGCAAUAAAAUGGUCUAAAUUGUUACUAGAUUGAUAGUUAUAAAGUUCAGUAAUUACCUAUGUAACUAGAUUAAUAGGUUGCGAUUUUACUUAACGAAUAAACUUUUUACAUAA